CUGGGAGAUAUUCGAAACAGAACGAGGUUCAAAACUGUGAGAUGUUCAAAACGGGACAAGGUUCAGAACUGGGAAAUGUUCAAAACAGGACAAGGUUCAGAACUGGGAGACGUUCAAAGCAGGACAUGGUUUAGAACUGGGAGAUGUUCAAAACAGGACGAAGUUCAGAACUGGGAGAAGUUAAAAAUAGGACAAUUCCAGAUUUAAGAUAUGUUAGACAGGGCAACAUGGGAAUUGCUAAACAUUCUCAAGUUCAGAAAUGGGAGACGUUAAAAACCGGACAGGGUUCACAACCUGGAGACGUUCAAAACAGGACAGGGUUCAGAACCUGGAGAUGUUCAAAAUGGAACAAAGGUUCAGAACUGGGAGACGUUCAAAACAGAACAAGGAUCAGUACUGGGAGACGUUCAAAACAGGUCAGGGUUCAGAACUGGGAGACGUUCAAAACAGAACAAGGUUCAGUACUGGGAGACGUUCAAAACAGGUCAGGGUUCAGAACUGGGAGACGUUAAAAACCGGACAAGGUUCAGUCCUGGGAGACAUUCAAAACAUGACAGGGUUCAGAACGGGGAGAUGUUCAAAUCAGGACAAUGUUCAGAACUGGGAGACGUUCAAAACAGGACAGGGUUCAGAACUGGGAGAUGUUCAAAACAGGACAAGGUACAGAACUGGGAGAUGUUCGAAACAGAACGAGGUUCAGAACUGGGAGAUGUUCAAAACGGGACAAGGUUCAGAACUGGGAAAUGUUCAAAACAGGACAGGGUUCAGAACUGGGAGAUGUUCAAAACAGGACAAGGUUCAGAACUGGGAGAUGUUCGAAACGGAACGAGGUUCAGAACUGGGAGAUGUUCAAAACGGGACAAGGUUCAGAACUGGGAGAUGUUCAAAACAGGACAAGGUUCAGAACUGGGAGAUGUUCGAAACUGAACGAGGUUCAGAACUGGGAGAUGUUCAAAACAGGACAGGGUUCAGAACUGGGAGAUGUUCGAAACGGAACGAGGUUCAGAACUGGGAGAUGUUCAAAACGGGACAAGGUUCAGAACUGGGAGAUGUUCAAAACAGGACAAGGUUCAGAACUGGGAGAUGUUCGAAACUGAACGAGGUUCAGAACUGGGAGAUGUUCAAAACAGGACAGGGUUCAGAAUUGGGAGAUGUACAAAACAGGACAGGGUUUAGAACUGGCAGAUGUUCAAAACAGGACGAGGUUCAGAACUGGGAGAGGUUCAAAAUAGGACAAUGCCAUUUUAAGAAAUGUUAG